ACUCAUGACAAAUUAACUAUGAUAUCAUAGUCCAGUGAAGGCGUGGUAUGGUGUAAAAUGUAGUGAACGUCACACCUGAUAGGGGUUGCUAAUAUGAUACAUUUGUCUCUUAAAUUACAAUAUUUCAGAUUACUAACUGAACGCUCCUUGUAAACAUGACGGAUAAGAAAUUAGGCAAGGAUUUGAAUAGAAAACUGGUGAUACUGACAUUAACAACCUCCUUUUUGACAAAUUUAAUUGCAAUGGUAAUAUUCUUGCGCGUAGAACAGAUGGAAACAGAACAAACUCUGUGCGUAUCAUGUGAACAAGUCGGUCUUGCAAGCAAUAUACCAGACUACUUGCUAGGUGCUGUGUCGCGACACGACGUACAGGGGUCAUACUUAUCAAAGUGUUGCGGGAAAACCAGCAUCAUCCUUGAUCGGAUGGUGUUACAGGGACUCGAAGUUAGAAAGAAUGGACUUAGACAAGCGUAUAUCAAAUGCAGUCAAAACCCUUCUGCUCAAAUGAAUGGAAUAUUAACCGGACAAAGCUCUGGAGGAGGCGAUGAUGUUAUCCACUGGAAUAUGUCCUUGCCAUCGUUUUUGAAGGGAGGUAUAAACUACAGAGACGGCAGACUGACAGUUUCCAAUACAGGAUACUACUUUGUGUACUUUCAAGUACAAAGUGAAACUGGCUUAGAAUCCGAUAUUACCCAGAGGCAUUCCCUUUAUCACAUACCCUCAGAAAAUGAAGAAGCUAAAAUGUUUCUGGAAACCUUCAAACCGAAAUGUAAGGCCCCUUCUCCUGGAGUGCCAACGACUUCCAAUAUUGGAGCUGUAUUUCGCUUGAAAGCCCAUGAUGAACUGUUCGUAAAAACGUCACACCCUGAGAACCUUGCGAAAAGUACCAACGCAAACUACUUCGGAUUUUUCAUGAUUUAGUGAGUUCUAUGGGAAACCUGAUGUCCCCAUGAAAAAGAAAAUAGACUGAUCAUACAGAGAUCAUCCAGUCCAAUUUAAUAACUAUUACCUAAGGCUUCCGUUUAAACUAAUUUUACCGCACUGGUUCAUAUCUACGUCAAACUAUGCAAUAUGAUUUUCUGAAAUACACUGUAUGUUUAAACAAAGUAACAUGACAUUAACACAACAUUAACGCACAGUUAUAAAGUCAAAGAAUAUAUAUGGCAGUUAUUUCUUCUUAAAAUUAACUAGGCAGUUACAAAUAUUGGAAGUUGCUUUAAUUGAAACAGCAUUUAUGAAAAGUUCAUAGAUAUUAUAGCAAUAACGCGUAUGGCGAUAAAAUCACAAAAUUUAUGCGUUUCGAUACUCAAUCAAGAUGUAGGAAAUAUCCACUGAAUAUAGUUUGCGGUCUUAAUCAUCACGGUUUUAAGUGUUAAAUAUGUAAAGCACAACACGUAGAACUAUGUAUUUCAGAUAAGGCUAAACCCAAGUCGAGAGCACAGCACUUGGAUAGCCCUGGGGUAUAUUUUAAAAAGGAAAGGUCUUGAGGAGAGUUCUGUAGUUUUUUGUUUGUUAGUUUUUGUGUGUUUGUGUUGUAUUUGUUUUGUUGUUGUUGUUUUGUUGUCUUCGUUGUUUUUUCUUUAAGUGAAAUAUAUAGUGUAAUGUCAUUAAUCCUAAAUAAUAAUAUUUAUUGAUUAAUAUUUAUAGUCCACUAUAAAAGUAUGAUUUAUUUGUAACCUCAAUAUGUUAAGACUUUGUUAAUUUUAGACUAUUUUAAGACCGAUGUAUUUCUCGUCUUAUCAGAGAUUCCAUUUGCACAAAAAUAUAAUUUUGAAAUGUUACAGAUUUUAGUUAUUUGAAAAUAAGAACAUUAUUAAAUUAAAACUAUAUGUGAAUAAAAAAUGUUUGAACAAGA